GGAAAUCUAGGUAAUACUACACCUGUGACAGAGGAAGCUAACGAAGCUGAUGAGGAGGUUAUAGUCCCACCGUCUACUGCAGUGCUAGAAAAUGAACCACCUUUGACCAAAGAUAGUUUUGGCUUUCCACUAAGCAUAUUCGCAAAGGGCUACCUCUUUCAUCCAUAUCUUUCCAUAUCAUAUCUGGACAUGAUUAGAUCAAAAGCAGUGCGGGCAUACGCUAUUGGUGCUACUAAUGCGCUCUUUGUCACGAAGAAAGAGCUGUUAGACGCGAUAGUCACGGUCGAUGAUCAAGGUUGCGGUCAAGUAACUCUGCUGGACCCAAAUCUCCGAAGAGAACUCAGCCUUACAUCUGCCGAUCUUCGGUUUGGGGACUACCUAUUGAAGAACGUUGAAGACAAUCGGAAGUCCACUGCUUGUGGGAAUUCACCAUACGCUUUGAUUCUCUGCUACUUCUGCCAUCUGCGUCUUUCAGUGUUCGAGGGGAGCGAUGAAUGGUUACGAUUACAAAUGCGGGAAUAUUUAUUGUCAAUGGGUGCUAGCUCUAGAUCUGAUUUGGUAGUAGCAGUAAACGACUACGGGAUUGCUUUUGUACAUAGUUGGAGGAAUACAAGAAAUUAUCGUAUCUGGAUGGCAGGACCACAUGAAGAUCUGGCAGGAGUAGUACCUGGGCAUGCUUUUGCCGGGCAACUCGGUGUGUAUGAUGUUUUGUUACGAGUCGAACACUCUGUUGGUGGAUCUGAAGGUGCACGAAGGGCUCUAAGCGCCAUUACAUCUACAGGAAAGAAUAUCGGUAAGUGCAUAAAUGAACCCAUUGAGUAUCCUCUGCUUCAACCAGAUAGACGGCUGGAGGGCGGGACUUUAAUUGAUUAGAG